GUGUGUGUGUGUGUGUGUGUGUGUGUGUGUGUGUGUGUGUGUGUGUGUGUGUGUGUGUGUGUGUGUGUGUGUGUGUGUGUGUGUGUGUGUGUGUGUGUGUGUGUGUGUCCGCUCCACCAGGCUGGGUGCUGUGCAUGAGGAUUAGCUGCUGCACCCAUCCCUUACGAGCUAGCGCUGAGGUGUCGCUGCAGAUCUCACCGAUGCAGUGAAGCUGGUAAACGGCUACGCCCCCACUCCCCCACCCCAUUACGCUGACAUUUGACCCCCAGCAGAGAAAUCGUCUUCGUGUGUUUCAGCUGCUUGGCCCCGGCGUGGCCCAUGCACAGUAGUCGUUCCCCUCUUGCUCCACCUCAAACCUCAAGCUGACGCAAAACCCCAGGCACCAGGCCCCUCUCCCCCACCCCCAUUCCCACCCCAUCCCUAGUAAUUCCCCCCCUACCGCCAUGGUAUCCGGCACGGAAACGGUGCACUACAUACAUCUGCACAACUCCAGCCAGUCGGUGCUGGAAGCCCUGCGCACCCAGCGGCGCGAGGGCCUGUUCUGCGAUGUGACGGUUCGGAUACACGACGCCUCUCUGCGCGCCCACGCCUGCGUCUUGGCAGCUGGCAGUCCCUUCUUUCAGGACAAGUUGCUGCUGGGUCACUCUGAAAUAUCUGUGCCACCGCUGGUGCCCGCUGAAACAGUGAAGCAGCUUGUGGAUUUCAUGUACAGCGGCUCCCUGGUGGUGCUGCAGUCACAGGCCCUCUGCAUCCUCACAGCUGCCAGCAUCCUGCAGAUCAAGACGGUCAUUGAUGAAUGUACCCAGAUAAUCUCUCAGAGAAAGGCGGCAGCAGGGGCGGCGAGUGCAGCAGCAGCCGCCGCCGCUGCAGCAGCUGCAGGAGUUGGAGCAGCGGGGGCGUUGCUAGGGGGGGUUCACCCAAAACAAGAGGAACGUGCCAUGGGCAAAGGGAGAGAGAGCAGCAGCAGUGGAAGCUGUUCUGUUAGUAGUGCCAGCGGGGGUGGCGGUUAUGCAAACUUCUCUAAUUUCAUGGCAGAAUGUGGCGGUGGUAAUAUGGGCGGGGGGUUGGGGGGUGCUAGUGUGAGUGAGAGCGGCCCAGGCCCUAUUGAUCAAAGUAGCACUGUAAGCCUGAUGGCGCUGGGGGACAUGGGGUCCAGUUCCAUGUGUGGCAGUGAUGGGAUGGGAGCAGGGCCCGGUCCAAUGCUCAUGAAGCAGAGCUCCAGCUGCACUCAGGACGUCAGGUACAAGCUCCGAGACCUGCUGGCCCAGACGGCCAACGGAGCCAGCACCAGUAGCUCCGGCGUGGACGGCGUUGGCAGGGACAGCCUCCGUGGCAACACAGCUGACCUCUCCGAUGACCUUGUGGGGAUAGACAGGUACAGCGAGGAGGAAGACUUGGAUGGGAGAGAGCGAGGAAGAGAUGGAGACAGAGACAGGGGGGCGAGCCACAGCCGCAAGCAGAGGCAGCCGCUAAGACUCCAGGUGCUUGGAGGAGAGGGGGUGGUGGUGAAGGAUGAAGGGGUGCAGGAAGCAGAUGGCACCGUCUAUUCGUUGGAGGAUGGGAGACGGGAUCAGGACCAGGAGGGUGCCCAGGACAUGGCCGGCUUUGGACAGGAUUUCUAUGAUGAACAGGGCGUGUUCUCUGAGAGCUUCUGGCCACAGACUGAGCCUUCUCAAGCCAUGGCUUUUAACCCCAGAGGAAGAGUCAACAAGCCGUUGACUCCGCCCCCAACCUCACAGACCAUCAACAACCAGCUUCUGUUCCAGUACCCAGUGAGCCACUCUCAGCCUGCCCCAUUCUAUGUGGGCGGGCCCAUGGGAGGAAUUGACAACAUGGUGGGAACAGAACAGAGUCAACAGGCCCCGCCCCCAGGACCAAUGACCCCCGCUCCACCUCCUUCCACGCCCUCCUGCUCUGCAGGGCCUUCUCCCUCCUCACAAGGAUCUGAGACCUCAUUCGACUGCACACACUGUGGCAAAUCUCUACGCUCCAGGAAGAACUACAGCAAGCACAUGUUUAUCCACUCCGGUCAGAAACCUCACCAGUGCUCCAUCUGCUGGCGUUCCUUCUCCCUGCGUGACUACCUCCUGAAACACAUGGUGGUGCAUACUGGAGUCAGGGCCUUCCAGUGCACCAUGUGUGGCAAGCGCUUCACCCAGAAGAGCUCGCUCAAUGUGCACAUGCGCACCCACCGUGCCGAACGCACUUUCCAGUGCAACGUGUGCCACCGGGCCUUCACCCACCGUACCUUGCUGGAGCGCCACGCCCUGCAGCAUGCCCACCACACCACCCAGACCCCAGGCCCGGGUCAGGGGCGUGUAGCCGACAUGACCUCACCUACCAAGCACAGUCCUCCCAACAUGGGAGGGGCCUCAGGUAUGGCUAGCGCGGCCGGCAUGGUUUGUGGCAUGGCUAACAUGCCUGGCCAUGGAGCUUCCUCCACCUAAAGUAGAGAAAAGGAAAUUCAGGAGAGAGGAGGAGGAGGUUAGUGAGCCCAUUCCUCAAAUAAACACUUAACUGAUCUUAAAAACCUCGUAAACUUUUUGUUUUUGGUGGUGAAAGCUAACAAGUGUCAGUGUUUUAGCUUUAUGCCACCAUCAGUCAGGGUUCCUGCACAGCACAGGGCUGUAAGUCCUUUUAAUAAUCUUUCAAAUUGUGUAAAUCUAUAAAUGUUUUGGAUUUGUGGAAAUGUCUUUAGGAAUUUGAAGGGGAGGGGAGUCAAUUUCCAAAACAUACCUUGGUAGUUGUAGGUCUUUUUUAUCCUUGUGAUGUGACAUUUGUAGGUUGAUGAGCCACGUGCUCAGUGGUCACAUGAUGUUCAGCAGCCAUUUAAAACGUACAACGUCUGUUUGAGCAGAAACGUAUAGGAACCCUGUUUAAGAGGAGCAGGGAGUCACCAAAGACAUUCAGACGGGGUCGCGAUUCGAGUUACAUUCACCAUCGGUUCAUUUCAUUCAGGACAGCUAACUACAGUGUUGUGAGUCAAAAUCUAGAUUAUCAUUGAUUAUUAGAGCUGUAGGCUACGUUAAACAAGGCUGGCAUAGCAUCCAUCACGGGGAAUAACCAUGACCGUACACGGGACUUAGCUGCUCUGUCUGUAGUUCCUGCAGGAGGUAACAUCACGUUUGUGGUCGCUUCCAGAUAACAACACUAGAUCGCCAAGAAGCACUGGGAGAAUCUGCCUUUACAAGUGUAUGACGUUUAAAGAGCAAGUCACCCCCUACAAGUCUUAGCCCGCCCACCUUUGCUGUUUGUAAAAGGAGGCGUUGCCUGGCGGACCAAGAUGGCAGCGCUGCGGCAGUGACACGUACUUAACAGACGCACUAAAAUAUGCAAAUAAGGACUACACGUGUCCACAGCACGAUCAGACGCUCGUUUAUGAAGGUUAUCAGCAAAAUAAGUUGAUUGGGGUGACUUGCUCUAAAACGUAGACCUGUAGGGCUGCUCCACCCUGUGCUGGUUUAGUUUAGGUGUGUGUGUGUGUGUGUGUGGAUCGGUUCCUCCACACUAGGGUUCGGCAUCGAGCACCGAUUCUAUUAGUUUCUAGUUUUACUUGGAAUGGUUUUAAUUCCGAUUCCUAGCCUUGAUGUCGUCUGCCGGCCGGAUUAAGUGCACACCAAAUAGCGGUGAAGAAGACGCGUUUGCGCUCUAAAGCAUGAAUUAAAAUGCGUGGAGAAGUUCGACCUAAGGUUAGCCGGCUCUUUAAAACACCUAACGCUUUUGACUUCAAAGAACCAGAAUGGAGAAUUGCUAGCUGCUGGGGAACUGGAGUCGGAGCUGUUCAAACUCCGCCGAUGCCCAGCCCCACUCCACACCAAACCCUCGUUAGUGCUUUAGACCACCUGGAGAUAGUGGGAUGUCCCGACAUCUGGAAAUCCUCCUUAUGUCACCAUUAGGCUGUUCAAAGGCUUUCCGUCUGCUCUGACCUAAUCAGAGAAAGGGAAUGAGUCAAAUGUGCCUCAGUCACAGCAUAAAUAAUAUCUCCUCUAUCAGUGCCACAAGAAGACAAAAACCCAGGAAAAAGGAGCAAAUGGACCCGGUCCGUACAGGCUGAUGGUCAGCAUCGGGCUUCUGCAGCCCAGAAAGCGACACACGGUUCAGUCGCACCACUUUGAGACUGAGGGCAGUGACCUAGGUCAUUGUGUUCAUGUCUGAGCUGUGGCUGUGGGUUUUUACACCACUAGGGGUCACUAAUGAACCAAGUAGCUUCUAACCACCUGGCAGGGGCGUAUCCUUCAACUCAACCGCUGACAAAAUAAAACCUAAGUGAGUCAUUUUAUUUUGAAAGGAUUCUAGAGUGGAAACACGGCCAUGGAUGAGCUACAUCUUCAAAGACAAAUCUGAACUCAGGUCAUAGAUUUGCUGCCUCCAACACUGUAGUAUCAGCUGGGUGGUAGGAAAGCAGCGACGUGCGUUAUUCUAGAGAAUAUCGGUUUUAGCUGACAAAGAGAGUUAGUAACGGGACGUCCGGGCACUCAACAGGCCGACAUUUACGUGAGUAUUCCCUCCCGCCGCAGUCCUAGCCCUAAACAGCCGGCGGCGCUGCAGAGAAAACAACUCCGCUGCAGCAGAAGAAGAAUUGACAGGAAGUACACUGUAAAAGCUGAACGGUGUACUAAAGGACUUCCUGUCGACUCCUGGAUGAACUGAACUGGUGGUGAAUGGAGCUCUCUUGAUUCAGGAGCAAAGUGUUGAUGUUCAUGGAAGGGAGAGAGUUAGUGCAUAUUGAGAUUAGAGUAGAGCAGGAGGAGUUGUGGAGCAGACUGUCAGACGCAGCACAGCAGAGUGGAUGAAGCUCGUCGUCAUCGUCAGACUUCCCACCGGCAGCAGCAGUCAGCCCCAGCAUCAUAUACCUCAGACCCAGACACGCCUCCGACGCCUCAGAGGGUCGCUACGUUCUCUUCUAGGCUGUUUGGGGACCAUUUCAGCAUGUUUUACACACACACACACACACACACACCAACAAUUACCUCUGUGGUCCAAGAACAGGCAUUGUGCUUCAUGUCUUUUAAGCUACAUCAAACAAAGAAAGAGUGAAACUAAAGCUAAAAAGAGCCGUUUACUUUUGAAACGCUUGCUAACGUUUGAACAUCCGCAGGAGGUUGGUGCAGAAGUCAGGCGCAGCAUUAGCAACCCGCCGGAGGACGUUCAUCAGGACUUUUUACUCAGUGUUUGGCUGUUUUUAGGGGAAUGUUUUGGAUUAUUCUAAAUAAAAAGUGUUUGUUGCUUAAUAAAAAUAAAACAAAAGUUUUUCUCAUUUAGAGGAACUGAAUCAAUCGUAACAAGUACAAUCACCCAUCCAGGUUCUGACCCAGCUAAACUUGUGGUACCUUCAGCUAUCACGUUAAUAUUUGGUAGGAUUUGGUCUCUAUGCACAGUUGAGUUUGCACAUGACUUAGAUCUAGAGAUUGUCGUCCCAGAAGAUAUUUGGCCCAAGAUUGUUUCCAUUCUUCUGAUUAUGAACACCUUAAAGGUGACUUUUGAAAGACAUUAUAUAUCUUUGCUUUUACUUUUCACACAUUUACCUCAAUGUUGUUUUUUUGGAGCAUUAUAUGAAACGCAGUACUUUACCUAAGCUUUGUAAGAGCCUUCUAUUGACAGCUUUUUGUGUGGAUCUCCUCAACAGCGUGGAAACUUUGUGAGUGAUGAAAAAGGCUAAAAAAUCACUUUAAUGAAGGUUUUCAUGUAGAAGAGUGAAUUCAGCAGACCCGCUCUGUCUGGAUUUCACUAUAAAUGCUGACAUUAAAUGUCCGUUUGUAGAUGUGGACAGAUACUGCCUAUUUACCCGGAGCAGGCCUGGCAGGUGAGCUGAUUGGCUCCUGAAACCUCCGCUUGGCUCUCCAGCGUCAUGGAUGAAAUAAAAACAAACGUUCAGGAGAAGCUGGAGCCACUUGUUCUUGUUUAUAAGCUACGUGUAAAUGUUAAGGCCAAACCUUUGGUGCUUUUUGGAAACGUUACCUCAUUGCCAACGCCACGCCGGGCUCGGGUUGGGUGAAUACGCAGUGUGGGGCGGUUCUAGAGGUGGGCGUCAUUCUCAGCAGUGGGUGUGCUUUUGUUGCAUUAGUCUGGGCCAGACCCGUGUACAGUACUGUAAUCUGUGUGCUUUGAAGCCAUGUCAGCGCAUUGUAAUGUACUGUGUUAGGCCUUUCAUCUGUUUUGACUUGGUGGAGAGGCAUAUUUGUUUUUCUACAUGAGUAUUUCUUUAACACAGGUUAAACAUGUCAGGAAAAAAAGUCAUUUUUCAUUAAAAAAAGGAAAGAAAGAAAAACACCUGUCAUCUGAAAACUACUAGUUUAUGUAGAAAAGACUAAAGGCAUGAUUUCAACUCUUUUCCUAGAACUUAGAUGUUGUACUCGAUGAAUUACCUGAAUUUCAAAACUGAGUGAUUUCAAAGAUUUCUUUGUCCAAAUAAAGAGACCUGUAUGGCUCCAGAGCCAGACUCUUC